CCGAGGGAAGAGCACCUCAGGUUGACAAGUCCCCUUGCUUUGGAGAGGGGACGGGAAGAGAGAACGGGAGCAGCAUUAGUAGGGCUGUAUUAAGUCUGCCAUCCGAACUUCUAAGUCCAGAACUACAACAACUACUAGGAUUAGCCAAGGACGCAUUUUGGAGAUCCUGCUGAUCCAGAGAUUUUGUGAUUGGUACUGGUGCCGAAUCCUUCUAAUUGUUUUCCAAAAAGCGACUCGGCAUUUAAUCUGCAAACUGUACCUGACUUUGUCAAGUCACUAAAAACUACUUAACUCAUGCUCUUACCAAUCCAGACUCCGCAAAGCCUGGGGUCGAAAAUCCAGACCCAUAGAAAUUAUAGCCCAUGCCUGUGUAAUUAUAGGGUCUAGUGGCACCUGCCAGCGGUGCAGCAGCUGCCAGGGUCCCCGGAAUGGUCGUGGCGUCUCUGUGGGCAAUGGAUCGCGGCGGGUUUCGUCAACAUGAUCCCCCUCAGCAGAACGCACAGGCGUCGAAAAUGGCCGCCGCCGGUUUCAACAUCGCACUUGUGUCGCCCAUGAUGUCGCCCAUGUCGCCCAUGCACCACGCGGCAUCUGGCAGUGGAACCACUGCCACUUGUACUACUACUACCACAUCGCCUGCAGCUGCCAACAGCACUGGCGAAUGCCGCGCCGGUUUUACCCUUGGAGACGGCCAUAACUUGAUCAUGGCUCCUCAGUUCUCUCCAGCGCCAGGAACAGGCACUACUAGCUAUUUCGGUACUAACAACGACCCUGCUGCCGUUGCACACGAUAAGCAGCGGCUGUUUCUAGAGAAGGGACGCCACCACCAGCAGCAGCAGCAGCAGCACUCCAAUUAUCCAUCGGAGCAGCCCUGCCGCAGUGGUGGCGCCGGCCCAUCAGCAAGAGGCCUGCACGCCGCGUUGCUAGUAGGCAGCAGUGGUGGCACCGCUGACGGCAGUGGAUCAGGUGGCAGGCUGGUUGAAUGCGGCAGCAGCAGCAGCAGCAUGAUGGCGAUGGGGAGAGGCCAUGGCGAUGCCGCCUGCGACACCAUGAUGAUGCCGCCCAAUCUUGGCCUCUGCAUAGGCCGUCCUGCAGCCAUGGCCAUGCCGCCGCCCGAAGACAGAGCAUCUUCGCUCGUCGCAGCAGGCGCACCGCCAUCUGAUGCACAUACUGCACAUCCUGCACAUGCUAGCCCACCCUCAUCCCAUGGACUUGUAGCCGUGGCCGGCCCAUUUCUGCCACAGGCACCUGCAGAUGAUGCCUCCGGCCGUUACGAGGAGGAGGAUCAGAAGCCGCAGGUGAUGAUGGACAAACAGCAGCACCAGCAGCAGCAGGCUCCACACGGAAUGCGUGGUCAGCCCCUGCAUGUGUUGGGCGCCCUGGUCGAGGGCAGGGGCAUUGCUGCCCGCUUGGGCCAAUCCGCUGUCUGUCCACGCUCUGCCAUACCCCCUGCUGCUGCCUCCUUCUCCCCUGCUGCACACUGUCUCGCCCGCGGCACUGCAGGGUCCCCCAUGGCAGUUGUCCCUCCACCAGUUCCCACCGCCUUGGCUUCACCUGGCCAAGGGGAGAGAGGAGGGGGAGGAGAAGGAGGAGCAGGAGGCGGAGGAGGAGGAGCAGGAGGAGAAGGAGUAAGAGGAGUUGGUGGUGGUGGUGGCGGCAUUGGUGUUGGACGGUGGAGAUCGUCGGAUGCGAUUGGAUCCCUGGUUGGAUUUCCCGGCCAUGCGGCCACGGCUGCAGCUGCAGGGGGUCCGUGGACUGCCAGCACGACAAUGACCAGAUUAUUGAAAGUGGACACCCUGGAUUCUGCUCCAACCCCGCGUGCUGCUGCUGCCACAGCCACCAUGCUUUGCACUCCCUCAACUCCAAUCAAUAGCCUUCCUCCGCCUCUGCCGCCUGCCCCUUCUCCUCCUCCUGUUCACCCCCUUGGCUUUUCUCCUCAGAAUCGUUUCGUUGCCCCCCCCCACCACUCCCCCGCGCUCGCUGCCCUCUCUCCUCCACCUUACAAUCGUGAAAACGCAUCAGCAGCAUCAGCAGCAGUAGCAGCCGCAGCAGCAGCAAUUCUGGCAGCAGCAGGACUUUCAGCACCCGGCACUGUUACAGUGCCAGCUGCUUCUGCUUCUGCUUCUGCUUCUGCUUCUGCUUCUGCUUCUGCUUCUGCUUCUGCUUCUGCUUCUGCUUCUGAUCCUGCUCCUGUUGCUCCUGCUCCUGCUGCUGCUGCUGCGUCUGGAGCGGCAUUGGUGAAUACCCCAUCGGUCAUCACUUCUAACUUCCCACCUACCCAAGCCGCCAUGCCCGUUCAGCAAGGAGCCUUUCCAGCCCAAAGCCAACUGCACUUUCAGUCUUUCUGGAAGGACCAGUCGCAGCUGCACUUCCUUCUCAGCCUUGCUGCUGCGGGCCUGACUGCGCCUUCCGCUGCUUCACUACUAUCCCACCGUCCCCCACCCGCACCUCGCACCACACCCCCCUCUGCUGCUCCGCGGCAUGCGUUUGCUGCCGACACGCCUCCUGCGUCCCCUGCUUCUGCUCCUCCUCCUGCUCCUCCUCUCUCCGAUCCUGCUUCUGUUGCCCCUUCGUUCCCUUGCACCGCCCUCCCUGCUUCGGCUCCUGUAUCACGCCCGGGAGUCAACCCGGCAGGAAACACGCCCUCGCCGUCCAACCUCAUGGCUGCAGUGGCUGCUGUUGCGGCUGCUAUCGCUGCUGCUGGGGGUAACUCUGGGGGACAGCUAAACGCGCCUGUUGCUGACUCUGGCGCUCGUUGCAGCCCUGGCGGCGCUCCCAAUGCAGCGGAGGGCGCAGUGGUGGGCGCAGCAGCCGCUGGUGCUAGAGAUCCGGUCAGGCAGCUGCUGUUUGACUCGGGGGACAACCGCGGACCCAAGAGUCUUGCUCACAUGCUGAUGCAGCAGCAGCAGGUGCAGCAGCAGCAAAGGGAUCAGCAAGAGCAACAUCAACCGCUUGUGUCCCAAUCACUACAGCACCACCAGCGCCACCAGCUUCAGCAGCAGCAGCAGCAGCAGCAGGCUGGGAGUGGCAGCGAGCAGCAGCAGGAUUUGACGCCCGCAUUGGAGCAUGGCAGAGGUUGGUGGAUGGCACUAAAGGGAGGCUCCAUAUCGGGUGAAAGAGGAACGCCCAGUAAAAAUCCAUCAGAGGAGGAAGGCGGAAGGGAGGGUGGAGAUGGCAGCAUCAGGAGCCGAAAGGUGCGGAACAGGAGAAGGGAGCUAGCACAACAGUGUGUGAGCAGUGGCGUGGGUACCAGUGGUAUGGGUGGUGGCACGGGUGGUGGCACGGGUGGUGGCACGGGUGGUGGCUGGUACGACCACACACCAAUAAAGCAGGAAGUCUCAAGCGGUCUUGGUGCUGGUGCUGGUGCUGGUGCUGGUGGCGGUGCUGGUACGGAUGGAGAGGAGAGGGCAUGCAGAGGAGUGGGGCCAAUUGACGCUCCUGUGAGCAGUGCAAGCCGAGGCAGAGGGGCCACGCGAAAAAUAUCGCCCCAUGCUAGCUCUGCCACCGGGGGCGCUGAUGCUGGUGCCGGGCCCGGUGCUGCUGCUGCUGCUUCUGCUGCUGCUGCUGCUGAUGCUGGCCAUGGGAGGGCGAGCUGUGGCCGGAAGGAUGGCAGUGACGAAACGGGUGCAAGCAGCCCUCGCACUGCUCCUGCUGCUGCUGCUGCUGCUGCUGCUGCUGCUGCUGCUGCUGCUGGUGGGGCUGGUGGUGGUGUUGGUGGUGAUAGUGAUGGGGUCGGUCGUGGGGGGGGUAUCAACGACGAUCCACAGCAGGUGGACUGGAGUGUGAGUUUUCAACGCAUCGCUUGCCUCGUCCUCCCUCCUCUCCCCGUCGUAUCCUCUCAAGCGGUCCGUUGUAUUGAUUGAAACGUUGUACAUACUAGGCAUGUGGGCAAACUUCAGAGCCUAUCAAAGGUAUGUGCAUGCUGGGGGUGGGCAGCCGGACUACUGGAGCUCCCGGAGGGGCUCCGCUAUGGCAAAACAGUCCCCAAGGCCCAUGAUGGCAUCAGGGGUACCCACGGGGGGGUACUCCGCCGGGGCAGCCUCGUUGACCUUCCCGAGGUAGACCAGGGCCUGUGCCCAUUGGAGCGUGACGGACCAGCGCUGGCGGAACUGAUGCAGGAGCUUCGCCGCCUGGUAGGAGCUUGGGUCCGCGUUGAAAAGCCGUCUUGCUCCUGUGUCCGCCAGGAGCUUCAGAAAGCUGGGAACCUCGGCGCAGGGGCAGGCAUAGGUCUCCACGGCCAAGGGGAAGAAACCGACAUAAGGUGCGCGGUUACGAUAGUGGUUAGGCUUCUUAUCGGCCUGCUCCCGGGCCAUGUAUCCUCGCCCCUUGCGUGCGUGUGCGUCUUAUCCUCUCUCUCUCUCACACACACGGACACACACUGUCCUACUCUGGCCACCCCUCUCCCCCUCCCCGAUUAGUUGCUUUCUUCCUUUGGUUUCCUGACUAUCCACAAUCACCCCUUGCUUUGACUGGCCCGGCCUCUCAAACCUCCCCUUUCAUCUCUCUCCUUCCCCUUCCUCCCCCUUCCCUCAUUCCUUCUCCCUCCCUCCCUUUCCAUCCCUCCCCUUUCCCCCUCCCUCCUCCCCUUCCCUCCUUCCUUUCCCCCCCCUCCCCUUCAUCCAUCCCCUUCCCCCACCUAUGCAGAGGAGGGCGAGGAGGGGAGUGAGGGGGACCCGCAGCGUGGGCAGCAGGGGCGUGGGGCGCACUCCACGAGGCCACGCAGCGUGGCGGAGAGGAACAGGCGCAGCAAGAUCAGCUCGCGCCUGGACCGGCUGAAGGACACGCUGCCCAUCUGGAACCCGCGCAUGGACACGGCCACCAUGCUGGACGAGGCCGUCAACUUCAUCUCGCUGCUCAAGCGCGAGGUGCGCCGCCUGCACGUCGAGCGCGACCUCCUCGCCGACCAGCUGGCGCCGGGGGCCAAGCGCCCCAAAGUCACCGUCAACGACAAGCUCGAGAUCGACGUCACCUACGCGCCUCAGUAGGGGGUCUGGUCCACUCCUGAAUAGCGCUGACGUUUGAGUCCACCCCAAAGGCAUCUCCACCAGCUGCGGCCCAGCGCCAAGCGCCCCAAGUCACCAUCAACAACAAGCUCGAGAUCGGCGUCACCUACGCUCCUCAGUAGGGGAUCCACACCUGAAUAUCAGCGGGUCAACAGGUGAAUAAGGGGGUUUACGCUGCUAAUUAGAGGGUCCACGGCUGAUUCGGGGAUCUAUGGUCGUGGUAAUGUAGGGUAGUGACGCAGCAGGGGUGAGUUGAGUAGAUAGACGUGGAUGGAUCGCAAGAGCCCAGCCACAAGCAGGCACGUGACGUGACCUACGACAAGCCAAGCCCAGCCCGUGCGCUGUGCACAGUACCACUAGUACACAGCACUAAGGUAGUAGUACUAGUACAUGCUGUGCCCUUGAUGCCAUCCCCCUGCCCCUGUAUUAAUGAAAGCCCUAAGCGUGGACCAUUUUAUGUAUCAUGUUUCCCCACCGUAAAUCA